GCGAGGUUGGAUGACGAGGGAUGGACCUCACCGCGAGCUGCUCGAUUCAUUUGCCUAAGACAACGGAGAUUGAGCAAGAGAUUUCAACGUUGGCGAUUUAUCUUUUCCGAAAGUGGAGGCUCAUAUAAAGUUCCCAAAGCAUUAAGCCGGUGACGGAGAUACUGGAAAACGGACGGCUCUUCAUAUAAAGUGAAAAUAUCAUUUCCUUUCCAAAUUUCCACCAGCACCGGGGGAAGCAGCUCAACUCCAAAAGCGGGAACACAGAGAGAGAGAGAGAGCGAACAAAACGAAAAGGAAGAGCAGGGGAACAAGAACGUCUUCCUCUCUCCUCGUUCCGAGAAGGAGAAUAUGGCAUUCAGAGAUGGCCUGGUUUCAUUCCUCAGGCGAUACGGAUUACCACUGUCUCUUCUUGUUAUCGCGAUCUUCUGGCAGAUCUUCGUUCUCCCUUCCGCUUUCCCUCCUUCUCACUACGACGCACUUGGUGUUAAAAUGUACUGCUCGAUUGAGGAAGUCAAGGAUGCAUAUGUAAAACUCAUGGCCAAAUGGGAUUCUGGGGUCGAUGUGCCAAAUGUAGACCACUUUCUGAAGGUUCGUUAUGCUUUCGAGUUGCUGAACAACCCCAUAUGGAAAAGGGAUUAUGAUCUUUUCUCUGUUGAGGAACAGCGGCAUAUUAUUGGAAAGGUUAAACAACAAUAUGCCGGGGAGAGCUUUUCCAAAGUAGAGAUUCCCAUUCUAAAUCUUCCAUCUUCAGAUCUCAUUGAUUAUGUUCCUGAUGAUCUCAUGGCAAAGGACUUUAUAGCUAAACUGGGAGACACCGGGAACUGGCUUAUUCAGGUUUAUUCCUCUGGCAGCAGUCGUUGUGCAGAGUUUUCUAGGAAUUGGAAACUGAUAGCUGGCUGGCUUGAAGGUGUCUCGAGAACAGGCUCAGUAGAGCUCAGGGAAGUUGAACUUGCAGCCUAUCUUGCUGAUAGAAGAAAAUUUACUGGACGUCCAGUAUUUGAAAAUGGCCUUCCUUAUAUUGUUGCAUUUCCUCAUAAUUGUAGAAGCUCAAGCUGCCUUCUUAGGUACCAAGGAGAGCUAUCAGUUGAUGCAAUAGUCGACUGGAUGGCAACAGACAUACUGGGGCUGCCUCGUAUAUUUUACUACUCCAAAGACUCAUUGGUGAAGGAUUUCUUCCGGAAGGCUGGUCCCCACAAGGUGAAAGUAAUUUUUUUUUCUAAGACUGGCGAACGUGCUGCUCCAUUUUUGCGUCAAACAGCAAAAGACUAUUGGUCAUAUGCUUCUUUUGCCUUCGUUUUGUGGCGUGAGGAGGAAUCCUCCAUAUGGUGGAACAUGUUUGAAGUGGAUUUUGCACCUGCUGUUGUCUUUGUAAGAGAUCCAGGAGUGAAACCCUUAGUUAUCCAUGGUGUCCUCAAUAGCUCUUCAUUUUCAAAAAUAAUGGAACAAUAUAAAAAUCAAGUGCUUCCCCAGAUAAGGAAUAUAAAUUCUAUGGAGCUGGGUUGUGAUGCAAGAGGCUAUUCUCGUGCUGGAAAUGAUACAUCAACUUGGUAUUGUGUAAUUCUUGCUGGGAGGCCAAGUUUGGAGCUUAAUAAUAUGCGUCAAACCAUGCGCAAGAUCCAAGACAUAUUGUCAGAAGAUGAUCUCCCAGAAGUUGCUGGCCUAGGUCGGCUUUCAGUCUCACCAAUCGUUGUUAAAGCCUAUAGAGAGCAAAGGUUAACUUUUGCCUGGGUUGAUGGAGAGGCUCAAAGUAAAUAUUGUUUCUUCUAUCUCUUCUCCGAACAUAGCUAUGAAACUUGUGGUCCAAAAAGAUAUGGAGAUGAAGAGGAUGUGCCUCGUUUGUUUAUCGUCCGGUACAAUCGGAACUCCACAAGUGAUGAUGCUCAGGUUGAGAAAUACAAAGGGACCAUGUUGAGCAUGUUUAAAGAGGGUGAAAUAGGUCUAGCAUCCCAGCUCGUGGCGAGGCAUAAUGGUUCAGCAAACAUCCCGGAGAUACUAGAAUGGGUUGCUGAAAUAGUAACGAAUGGUGAUGCAGGGGACCUUCCUUACUAUAAAGUGAAGACACCAGAACUUGUUCCAGAAGAUGCAGAGCCAAUUUGGUCAAAAGGUGCCCAAAGCAUUGUUUCAAAAGGGAAAAGAAUUAAAGACGUAAUUAAGAGUAUCUCUUCAGCUUUAUACAACUUUAUCAUUGAUCCAAGGAUGGGAUCCCUCUUGUUCCUAUGUGCGUCUGUAUCAUUUGGUAUUAUUUGGUCACGUACUUCUCAAUCUGCUCAGCAGGGAGAAAAGGUUCAUAACAAGGAGGGUGGCAGCAAUUCAACAGAAAAAGACAAAGAUGGUGGAAAGGGUUCUGGGGGAGCAAUGAGGGAGCAACAUGAACAGCAAAAUUUGAACACUGAAAUAGAGCCGGAGGAUGCACAUCAGUGGGUAUCACCAGAUUCGGAUGCUGAAUAAUGCAAGAAGAAACCAAUUUCAUGGAGGACUAGGCCAUCAACAAGACUGCUAAAGACAGGUUCCAUCAUAUCCGUUCUUAACUGAAGUGAGUCUUCCUUAGAUUAAAUCAACCAGAAGAGUAUGCAGUUCAGUGGGCUUUAGCAGAUUCUGCCUCUAAAUGGUGCAGAAAGAAUGCCAUAUUCAGGCAGCACUGCAUCAGCACAGAGGCAUCUCCAGAGUUCAGGGUACCUGUUUCUUGUGAUUGUGAUUAUUCGUAACAAAUGAAACUGGAUUUUGUUUAUUUAAGAUGAUUUGUAUAGUAAAGAAAUUAAGUUUCAAUAUUGAACUGCUUCAUCGCUGAGAAAAGCCUAAUAAAUCAAUAUUGCACCGCUACAUUAAAUUUUUUGCCAUUAUUAAA